ACAACAUUUAUUAUUAUUAUUUUCCAACCAGAAAACUUACAGAUUUUUAUUACCAGCAAUUAUUUACAGCUCCUCCACCAUCUACCCAAUUUUUUGUGGGUUUAUAUAUCUCUUAAUUUUACAUUAGCAUCAUCAUUUUCCUCAUAUUCACCAGAAAUCGAAGUGAUCUAUAAAUGGCUUCCAAUGGAGACAACAAUGCAUCUGCAAAACCACCACCAGAACCAUCGCCAUUACGAAAAGCAAAAUUUUUCCAGGCCAACAUGAGAAUUUUGGUGACUGGUGGUGCUGGAUUUAUCGGCUCUCACCUCGUUGACAGACUAAUGCAAAAUGAAAAGAAUGAGGUGAUUGUUGUGGAUAACUACUUCACGGGAUCAAAGGAUAACCUAAAGCAAUGGUUUGGCCAUCCAAGAUUUGAGUUAAUUCGUCACGACGUGACGGAGCCAUUAUUGAUUGAAGUUGACCAAAUUUAUCAUCUUGCUUGCCCUGCUUCCCCAAUCUUUUACAAAUACAAUCCUGUUAAGACGAUUAAGACGAAUGUCAUUGGCACAUUGAAUAUGUUGGGACUUGCCAAGAGAGUUGGUGCAAGGAUUUUACUGACAUCAACUUCCGAGGUUUACGGAGACCCACUUAUUCACCCUCAAGAUGAAAGCUACUGGGGAAACGUCAACCCAAUUGGAGUUAGGAGUUGUUACGAUGAGGGAAAAAGAGUGGCUGAGACUUUGAUGUUUGAUUAUCACAGGCAGCAUGGAAUUGAAAUACGAAUUGCUAGAAUCUUCAACACUUACGGUCCGCGAAUGAAUAUAGAUGAUGGUCGUGUCGUCAGCAAUUUCAUUGCCCAGGCAAUUCGUGAUGAAGCCUUGACUGUUCAGCUUCCUGGAACACAAACCCGCAGCUUUUGUUAUGUUUCCGACAUGGUUGAUGGUCUUAUUCGGCUGAUGGAGGGAGAUAAUACUGGACCAAUUAACAUCGGGAAUCCAGGUGAAUUCACAAUGCUUGAACUUGCUGAGAACGUGAAGGAGCUUAUCAAUCCAGAAGUGCAAAUUAUCACAGUGGAAAAUACACCGGACGAUCCUCGCCAGAGAAAGCCGGACAUCACAAAGGCAAAAGAACUACUUGGAUGGGAACCAACGAUCAAACUACGCGAUGGUAUUCCCCUUAUGGAGGACGAUUUCCGUGGCAGGCUUGGUAUCUCCAGAAAGAAUUGAAGCUAUUACUGGUCUUAUCGACACAAUUGUUAAAAGAGAUGCUUUUAUGUUUUCAUUAUAUGAUAAGGAUGUUUACCUGGUCUGAGUUGUCUCUCGCUGUCUUAUCGCAUGGCCAGUAUGUCUUAGUGCUGCAUACCUGCAUGUAUGCCAGUUUUAAAUCAUGAGUAUCGAAUAUCUUCUUGCCUCUUUGAAUUUUCAUUAAGUUUUUAUGCA